CCAACUUAGUUUAUAUACAUGUUAAUAGAUCAGCAUUUAAAAAAACACUAUCUAUUAGAGCUAAUUUACGAAACGAAAUAAAAAUCUAAUUUUCUUUUCUAACUUUAUUUAGAUUUAUUUGACACAUAUGGUUGUUUUGUGAAUGAAAAUUUCUUUUAUUUUGUCAAUAACAAAGAACUUUAUAGAUUACUAAUUUGUGCGCAGCGGCAAUAAUAUGACACAGCAAUCUCUUGAGACUCUUCCCAUUGACAUUCAUUAUAACAAAUUGCUAGAUUGGCUUGUAAAUCGUCGACAUUGCACUCAACAAUGCCAGGCUAUCCUAACAGCUAUCAGAGACAAAAUUAAUAAAGCCAAGGAAGCUACCACUCAAGAAGCUAUCAAGAAGAAUGAUAUUGAAGAUCUUUUGGCCAAUCCAAACUUGAAUUAUUUUCAAAUCAAACAACUAUUUGAACUCCUGAAAUCUACUGAGAUUGGUGCAACAAAUUUCCUUGGCCAGUAUACUUCCCCAGCAAUGAAGAUGUGGGCUGAAAUUCUCAAGUUAUAUGAAAAAGAUGGAACAUAUCUUGUGGAAAUAGCUCAACUUAUCGUUCGCAAUGUCAACUAUGAAGUACCUGCCAUAAAGAAACAGAUCAACAAAUGUCAACAAACUCAAAAGGAAUGUAUGAGAAAAGAAAAAGAAUAUGCUGCUAACUCUGCUGAUUUACACAAGCAAUAUGUAGCUGCCUGCAAACAACUAGGAAUUGAGGGUAAGAAAAUCAAAACAGAAAUGUCUGAACUUGUGAAAGAUCUUCCCUCUGAACUGAACAAGUUUGCUGAGUCAGCCAAAACUCUGAAUGAUGCUGUCACUUUUUAUGAUAAGUUUACGGAUUUUAUUUCAAACAAUCAAAUCAGCAGUGAAAACUUGAAGCUACUUAAGUAUGUUCUUAGUAAAGGUAACACUACAACCUACGAAUGGAGGACAGGGAAGAAGCCAAAUAAAAUUGUACAUCAAGAUAUAUUGAUAGACUUGACCGAUGAAUCUGAAAAUACCAAAGAUGCCAGUGAUGCUAUUAUAGACUGGGGUGCAACAGAACCUGCUGACACCAUUAACUUUGAUGUGAGUGGUAUUGAUUUUAACCUAGGGGACAUAACAGUGGAAAGUGGAGGAGUCUUAGCUGUUGAUGGAGAUAUUGUAUUGGAGAAUCCAGACAUUGAUGCCAUAGACUGGGGAGCAGUUGGAGAUGUAUCCACAACAGAGUCAAGUUCCAACAUUCCUUCCACGGAGUCUGACAUUGCCACUGGGAAAGAUGCACUAAGUGUGAUUGAUAACCCAGAAACCAGAAACACCUUUAUUGAUGAUUUACUAGAGUUGAAAGCUUUUUUGACUCAGCGUUUACAUGAGUUAACACAUUACAAAGGUGAUGGAAGUCAUAUGGCGUCUGCUCCUAGUGACAUUCACAUGAAUGUUAACAAGGUUACAGAAAUGCUUUCUAAGGUGAAGGACAUAAUUGAUAAGUUAACCUCUGUCCAACUUCAACACCUUCUGUUAAUAAGAGAUUCCCCCAGAUAUGUGGACCGUUUAAAAGAUUCCCUGAAACAUAAACUAACGCUGGCUGACAAAAUGAUGCUGAGUGAAAAGGAGAUGGUGGCUACCAGAAAUGAAGCCAUCCAGGAAGAGAAAGAACUUGAGCCCCAGCUAGACCAGUUGAAGAAGCAAACAAAGCUACUCAAGAAACAACUAGAAAAUGAAAUUUCUAAAAAGUACAAUGAUAGGAAAGUCAACAUCAUUGGUGAGAUCAAUACAUUGUGAGAGACUGCUACAUUCAUUUGCAUCAGUUGGAUAGGCAAGGGCAGGAUCAAAGGCAGAAUACAUUUAUGAAAAAAAAAAUUUUUCAUUCAAUUUUCUCAACAGAAAUUUAAAAAAAAAAAUCAUUAUUUGUAAUCAUGUUCAACAUCAGCACUAUUACUGUGUACAGUAAUAUCUAGAUGUUUGAUUGUCAACUUUUUGACAAAUGUCAUGCAGAUGCAUUAUUUGUAUCUUUUUUUUUUCACCUUAGCAUAUAUCUCUGUGAUUUGUUUCUUGCAAUGUUAUCAUUGUAUAAUUAAUAUUAUAUUAUUUACUUGUUUAUUGGGGAUCAAGGGGACCUUUACAAUUAUGGAAGAUGAUAAAAACAAAUAAACAUUUACAAUUUAAUAAGAGUUUAUGUUAAAUUAAUGUUUAUUUUUUUAAAAAGUCAAACAUACAUUCAAUAUUUUACAAAAACAAUUCCAAAGGUCACAAGUUUUGGUAUAUACAGCUUGAAUAAACAUCCCUGUUUCAGUUAGAGACCAUAAACACAAGACAUUUCUAGUAAACUAAGUUCGUAACAGACAACAUUUCUAGUAGACUGACAAUUACUAGGCCUACUACAGUGGAAACAACAUUUAUUCCAUAAGAAUAUACAAAUAUUGAGAAUCCUGUGUAUUAUUCUAAAUAUUGAUAUUAAUUAAUAUAAAAAGAUCAUUCGACUUGGACUAAAUGGAAAAAAAUAUAAUACAGUAAAAAUUAAAUUUAUAAAAAUUAAUUAAGAACAAUAGACUAAAAUAUUAAUAUUUUAAUGAAUCUAUUACAUAUUAAGGAUAGUCUCAGACAUAAAAUGUGAGUUCAAAGUAAUAAAGAGACAGUACUUUUGAAGCUUCAUUACAAACCUGGAUACCUGGCAUAAUAGGAGGACAAAAAGAAAAAUAGAAGAAAAUUCAACAUGUUCCAAUGAAGUCUUGUUGUUAGCACUAGAACCAAGAGAAUAAACACUUGGAGCAAUACAUAAUGUUAGGAAUGUUGCACAGUUAGCAAAUAAAUAAAUGCACACAAAAGUGCUUCCAUCUCGAGGGUAAAUAAUUAUGCAGUUAGUAAAAAGUAAAUUUAAAAUAAAAUACUUCAAUAGCCUAUGCACUGACUCAUAAAUGACAAAAGUUUCUAAUUUGUUCUUUACAAGUAAUAUUUUCAAACAUGUUUUUCUAUUGACAUUCUUAUGACCCAACUUUUAUAACAGCACAUUUACAAACAAAUAUUACAAUUCUAAGACCCCUGAAAAGAAAAUUGAUGACAACUUUAAACUAGUGUGUCUAAACAAGAGUUACAAAAAACAAAUAAAAAAAAUUUACUAUAAAUAAAUAUGUUGAAGUAAAAUCCAGCAGCUAAGAACUCAACUGGCUAAUGUUGUUUCUUGUGGUAAAGUACUUUACAUAGACUUUGAAAUUAUUAAGUUUUGUAGAAACAUUUUGUUAAAAAACAUUGCUUAAAGCCAAUCACAGAAAUAAUAUAAAUAGCAACAUUGUGCAAUUAAGUACCAUACUAUGUAUCAAAGGCAGUAUCAAUCUUUUUUUUUUUUUCAUAAUUUUUAUAAAAAAAAAACUGUACCCACUUUAUAAUUCAACAGGAUUGUAGCAUGAUGAACAUUACUUCUAUAUCAUUAAUUUGACGAAAAUAAACAGCUUAUAAGUAUUUCAUAUUGAAUGUAGCUUUCAAGUUUAAUCUCAUAAACCUUGUAACUCAAUCCAGAAGAUUGAAUAAUGUUGCGAACUUGAAAAAGUACAAAGCUUGCUGUUUAGCUUCUUUCGAGUUCCCCAUUUCAAUUCUUAACUGCGACCAGAAAUAUUAUUUCAAGACCCCUGGCAGCCAGAGAUUUUAUUUUAAGAUGGUACAAAAUGCUCUAUCAGCCACUUCAUCUGACAUGGACCCAGUGCUUACCAAUAAAGAUUUGGCCAUUUAAUAUAAUGGCAAUGCCUUCAAUUCUAAAGAUGAAGGAUGAGUGCAGUGUUUCAAAUGGCUAUGCAAACCCAUUUGUGACCUGCAUAUUUUUCCAAAUCUGAUGCAAACAAAGCCUUUAUUUGACAGGGGUCUAUUUUUCUUUACAUCUUCUGCACCUGUCCUCUACAAGGGCUUUCCUCUGGGUCUCAAAUGCAUAAUGCCUUUGUGAAAGCUCUCCAGUAGUGGAUUAAUCUAGUCACUGGUACAGGCACACAUGUAACAAAACCAUUUUUAUAGGCCGCAGCUGUGAUGCUCCAAUCAAGACUGAUAAGACAUACCAUCACAGAUGAAGUUUACUUUGUCUGCAUAACUGACUACAAAUAACAAAAUGUACAUGUAUAUGUGACUAUACAUCUAAUCAAUCCAAUGUGAUAAGAUUUGAUGUCUGAGCACAUAAAGACUAAGAAACAACAAUGGAAUGGAUGUGGAAGAGGAAAGAACAUUAUCAACACUGACAAUGAAAUAAUGUUUUAUUAAACUAUAUAAUAGCAGGAAGAAUAAAGUAGAUAUUGUAAUAAUGCCAAGUAAUAAAUCUGUGUAGAAAUACAAAAGUUAUUAUGUAACAAGGCACAGCCACUGAUAAAUUUUGACAUCACACAGGAGCAAUGCAAUGAUUCUAUAUAUUCAAAGAAGAUUUAAAUGAUUAUAGGAUGGACAAGGCAAGUCUUUGACCUUUUUAUUCCAGGAAUGUUUUCCCAGAUAUGAAAAGGUAGCAUGGUACAUUUAGUGAAAUAAAUAUUUUUAUACAAGUCAAGCAAUCAAAUAAUAUAUUGCAAGUUAAGUGUACGCACAUUUUUGUUAAACUUAGUAAUAAUGAGGAGAAAAAAAAAAUUCAUUGCUUAAAAACAUUUUAAUUUAACACAAGAAUUAUACAAUUUAAGGCAGAAUUCUAUACUUAAAGCAAAUGUCCCUAGCCUAUGCAAUGUAGAAAUUUUUUUAACAGUUAUUGUUGCUGCAUGUUCAUGUUAACUGUACAAAGUAAAAGUACCCCCUUUCAGACCUUGUGAUCUAUGUAGGCAGAUGAUGUAAAGCUCAUCUGUUUCUAUGAAAAAUGGUUGUUACUGAUGUCAUGUAGCUAGAACAAUGACCGACACCUUUACUUCCCCUAUGUAUAUCAGAUACCUACAAGAGUUAACUCCAGAGCGCCCUAAAAAUCCUGAAGUUCCAAAUGCCAGACUGAGAUUAGAAGUCAAGAGGCCUCAGUUUGGAAGUCAAGCACUUUACCAAGCUGCCACUAAAAUCCACAUUGACUGGACUGUCAGUAAAAUUGUGUUAACAAGUGGAAAAAAAAAGCUUAAAUGCAUUACAUGUUUAUAUAAUACUGUACAUAUUUAAUUUUGUAAUAUAGUAUGACCUUUGCUUUAUGAUGACAACCUCUUAAAAUAGAAUUAGUUUUAACUAAAACCAACGUUCCUAAUUUCAAGUAGUUCAGAGCCAUGCAGACAUUCUACAGCAAUUGUUGUAACAAAUAGCACU